CCAUGUGACAUGGCAAUAAAACUAUAAAAAGCCGACAAACACAGCUUCGCUGCCUUCAGUCUUCGGAAAUCAUACAGAAAUCAACUUCUCCUGUUCGUCUCUCUCACCUGGCUGGCUCUGGCAGUAGAAGAAAAUGUCGACACAAAUUUCAGUGGAAUUCCCGACGAUGGGAGACGUCGAUAAAGCAAAGCCGGCAAUUUGUCCAUAUAAUAAAUACCAUAGAAUCACCGCUUUGAAGUUUCCUGGGCAUGUGAGCAUAUGCCGAAAGCAGUACGCAGGGAAGGAUUUCACUAGAUGCCCGUUCAACGCAAGGCACGAGUUCCCAGCUGUAGAACUUGACUACCACCUAACAAUAUGUCCGGAUAAAGCUAUAAUUGAAAAAGAGCUAUCUCCAGCAUAUGCACCAAAUGUUAAGCCAGUGAUGCAUGAACCAUAUGAAUAUGACCCAGUUGAGGACUGGGAAUCUGAGGCGAACCACACAGGUUUCUCAAUAACAGAAGUAGACAAGACCCCAUACGAUGAAAUCAACGAGUACCAGGACACUUUGGAAGAGUCGAUCAAAAGUCAAAUAGGCCAAAGUCGAAAUAACUAUAUGCCUGUUGUGGAUACAUCAAGCAUGUCAAAAACAGCGAAAAAAAAUUUUAAACGGGCACAGAAAAGAAGGGAAAAGGAAGAAGUAAUAGGCAAAGAAGAAGAUGAAGAAAUAGAUGAAGAGAGCAAAUUGCAACAAAUUGCACAGGAAUACGCAAUCCCUGGUCGCCCAAUUUCAACAAAUGCAGGAGCAUUUGUUGAUUGGGUCAGCAUUCUUAACCAAUACUGUCAGAAAAAUAGGAUAAAUCAGCCGAAAUAUUCUGAAGCAGCAAACCCAAAUGGUGGCUUUGGUUAUGCAGUAGUGGUGACGACAGAAAAGUUUUAUUCGAAUAUUUAUUGCAAAAAGAAAAUAGAUGCAAAGCAUAGUGCAGCAAGGGCUGCAUUACUUGGGUUGAACAUCGCUGUUGGAACACCAAAUCCGUGUCGUGGACCAGGGAACGUUGAAAGAGAACAAGAGCUUGAAAACAGACGAAUGCUUAUCGAGAAUAAUUACAAACCACCAAAAACACAAAGCAUCCCAGGCUAUAACCCUCCAGCAACACAAAUUCAACCAUCGCCGCAAAAUCAACCACCACCAAUGCCGUCCCCUGCCGCAAGGAUGGCUGCUCUAUCUGUUGAGGAGGAGCAAAACCAGUGGCAAGUAGCAGGGAGCAAAAAGAAAGAUCUUAGUAGGACAAGUGGCAACGCAUUACGUUUGGCUGGUGUUGGGAGGGGUCGUGGUAGAAAAAAGUAACAGUUUAAUUAUAUAAAAAUUGAACUAUUUUAUCAAGGGUAUAUAUAUAUAUAUAUGAGAUUUUUAAUUUUUUAAUCGGAAAGAAAUUACUGUUAAAUGUUAAGAGAAUACUGUGUAUUUGUAACCUAAUGUCAUUGAUAGGCUUUGUGUGAUUGAUAGUCUUAAAACAACUUUUCAUCAAGUCUGGUAUAACAACUGCAUGAUAUAGACAGACUUCUGUUAAAAUGAGAGUUUCUUGUUCACAAGUGGCAGUUGUUUAGGGGACACUAUUUUGUAUAUAAGCAAGGAAGGGGGGUAAUGUUAAUAUGUUUA